CCCCCCCCCUCCCUCGCCCCCUUCCGGCCAAACGGCGCCGGUGAGAGAGCUGCUCCAACCGCGGCCUGCAGACGCGCGCCGCACGAACCCACUUGCUCACGUCGCGCCGUCUACGCGAGUCUACCCCUCUUAGCAAGAUGACAUCAGAAGGGAAGCCACUGAAGGUGGGCUCGCGUGUGGAAGUGAUCGGAAAGGGCCAGAUUGGGACCGUGGCAUAUGUGGGGGCCACCAUGUUUGCCACGGGCAAAUGGGUUGGUGUCAUCCUGGACGAGGCUAAAGGCAAGAAUGACGGCACGGUUCAGGGCAAGCGUUACUUCACCUGCGAGGACAACCACGGCAUCUUCGUGCGACAGUCGCAGAUUCAACUGGUUGAGGAUGGAGGAGACACUUCUUCCCCAGAAACCCCUGAACCAGUUGCUCCUGCUAAAAUCCCAAAGAAAGAAGUCUCUGAAACACCAAAAUCAAGUAAAUUGAGGGCAGCAAAACCCAAAAAGACAAUGAAGCAGGCUGCUACAGGGAGAAAGCAGGUCACAAGGCGGCCCAAGCCGAGCCGUAUCUCGGGAAUGUCAGCCUCCUCGGCAAGCGGGGCAGCCUCAGCAACGCCUUCGGCGUCCGCCUCUGCAUCGGGUGGAGAGAUGAGCAGCAGUGAGCCCAGCACCCCGGCACAGACUCCACUUGCUGCCCCCGUCGUACCUGUGCCAACCACGCCACUCAACAUGCCGGUCGCCUCCCACGUCCUGUCCCCUAGCAAGGAGGAGGAGAGUCUGCGGCUACAGGUGAAGGACCUGGAUGAGAAGCUUGAGACGCUGAAGGUAAAGCGCAAUGAGGACAAGGCAAAGCUCAAGGAGCUGGAGAAAUAUAAAAUUCAGAUGGAACAGCUGCAGGAGUGGAAGAGCAGAAUGCAAGACCAGCAGGCUGAUCUACAGAAGCAGCUAAAGGAAGCGAAGCGGGAGGCCAAGGAGGUGAUUGAGGCAAAGGAGCGGUACAUGGAGGAGAUGGCCGAUGUGUCGGACGCAAUAGAAAUGGCCACGCUCGACAAGGAGAUGGCCGAAGAGAAGUCUGAAUCCCUACAGCAGGAAGUGGAGAACCUCAAGGAGAAGGUUGAGGAGCUCAGCAUGGACCUGGAGAUCCUCAAGCACGAGAUUGAGGAGAAAGGAAGUGAUGGGGCAGCUUCAAGUUAUCAUGUUAAACAACUGGAAGAGCAAAAUGCCAGGCUUAAAGAGGCCCUGGUCAGGAUGCGUGACCUCUCUACAUCAGAGAAGCAGGAGUACCUAAAACAGCAGAAGCAUAUGGAGAAGAAGAACUCGGAGCUGGACACUCUGCGUGCACAGAAAGAGAAGCUGCAGGCUGAGCUGCAGCAGGCAGAGGGCAUCAUUGAUGAGCUGAAGGAGCAGGUUGAUGCAGCUCUCGGGGCUGAAGACAUGGUGGAAACCCUGACGGAGCGAAACCUGAAUCUGGAGGAGAAAGUCCGAGAGCUGAUGGAAAAUGUUAACGAUUUGGAGGCCAUCAACGACAUGAACGACGAGCUGCAGGAAAAUUGCCGGGAAACAGAACUGGAACUGCGGGAGCAGCUCGAUAUGGCAAAUGCUCGUGUGCGGGAGGCAGAGAAGCGUGUGGAUGCAGCGCAAGAGAUGGUGGCAGACUAUCAGCAAACCAUGCAGAAGUACAGGCAGCUUACCGCGCACUUGGAGGACGUGAACCGCGAGUUGAUGAGUCAACAGGAAGCAUCUGCGGAGAGAGAGCAGACGGCUCCCCCUCCAGAGAUGUUUGAUUUCAAAAUCAAGUUUGCAGAGACCAAAGCUCAUGCUAAGGCCAUCGACAUGGACCUGAGAAAGAUGGAGGUGCAGCAGGCCAACCGGCACGUGUCCCUCAUGACGUCAUUCAUGCCAGACUCCUUCCUGCGUCGUGGCGGGGACCACGACUGCCUGCUCGUGCUGCUACUUGUUCCCAGGCUCAUCUGCAAAGCCGAGUUGAUCAGUAAGCAAGCGCAAGAGAAGUACGAGCUGAAUGAAGAGGCGAUGAAGUCUGCAAAUCUGCGUGGGGCACAGGGCGAGCAGCUGAGCUUUACGGGUGGUCUCGUCUACUCGCUCAGCCUUCUGCAGACCAUCCUGCACAAAUACGAAACGGCAUUGAGCCAGUGCAGCGUGGAGACAUACGUGAAGGUCGGAAGCCUGUACCCGGAGAUGAGUGUGCACGAGCGCUCGCUUGACUUCCUCAUUGAGCUGCUGCGUAAUGAUCGUCUGGAUGAAACUGUUAAUGUGGAGCCUCUCACCAAGGCGAUCAAAUACUACCAACAUCUGUACAGCAUUCAUCUUUCUGAGAAAGCAGAGGAUUGUACGAUUCAGCUUGCCGACCACAUUAGGGUGUCACAGAGUGCCCUGGACUGCAUGGCAGUGGAGGUGGGCAGGUUAAGGUCAUUCUUGCAGACUGGCCAAGAAGGAAGUACAUUUGCAUUGCUUCUGAAAGACCUGGAGACCUCCACCAGUGAUGUGCGGCAAUUCUGUAAGAAGGUCCGCCGCCGCAUGCCAGGGACAGAUGCCCCAGGAAUCCCAACUGCACUCUCUUAUGGAACACAGGUCGCCGAGGGAUUGCUGGAUUGUCGUAAGCACCUGAGCUGGGUGGUGGCUUCGCUACAGGAGAUUGCAGCUGUUUCUGCACAGAUGAUUGCUCCACUCACAGAGAAUGAGGGCUUAAAUUCAGCCAGGCUGGAAGAGCUGGCCUUCAAGGCUUCAGAGCAGAUAUAUGCAGGGCAGAACUUGAGUCCAUAUGAGUGCAUACGUCAGUCCUGUAACGUGGUGAUUGUCACCAUGAACAAGCUGGCCACAGCCAUGCAGGAGGGAGAGUACGAUGCUGAAAAACAUCAGAACAAGCCUGCAAAUCCUGUGGAACUCAGAGCUGUUGCCCUUAAGGCAGAGAUAAUGGAUGCCGAAGGCCUGGGCCUUAAACUUGAGGACAGGGAAACUGUCAUCAAAGAGCUGAAGAAAUCCCUAAAGAUCAAGGGAGAGGAACUGAGUGAAGCCAAUGUGCGCCUGAGUCUUUUGGAGAAGAAGCUGGACAGUGCGUCGAAGGAUGCUGAUGAGAGGGUCGAGAAGAUCCAGACCAAACUGGACGAUAUCACUGCUCUCCUUAAGAAAAAAGAAAAGGAGUUUGAGGAAACAAUGGAUGCCCUGCAAGCUGACAUUGACCAGCUGGAAUCCGAAAAGGUGGAGCUGAAACAGAGGCUCGCCAACAUGCCUCGGCGCUCCGUGGAGGGACUGCGUGGUGCUCAGACAUCAGGGAUCGCCUCUAUUGUUACUGGCAUAGCCACAGGUGCUUCCCCAACACAAGGUAUGGGAGGUGGUUCAGGGCCUGUGCAAGUCAAGGAUUCUCCUCUCCUUCUGCAUCAAAUUGAGGCCCUUAAAAUGGCACUCAAACACCUAAAGAAUGAAAACAAUCGCCUUAAGGCUGAGAAGAUGAAAUCGGACCUGGCAUCACUGCCUCCCUUGCGCAUCCCGAAGAUAACAGUUCCCUCCCAGGCUGGGGAGGAAGGUAUGGUCGCUGACCCGACACUGGCCCUCAACAGGAAGACAAACCAGCUGCUCGAGUCACUGCAGCACAUGUGUGUCACUGCUCGUGUGGUGGACAUUUCACACCGAAAGCCAGGUAUCAUCCCACCGGUGGAUAAAGCAAGUCCAGCUAAUCAGUUGCUAGAGCAGACAGCCCGGCUGAAGCAGAUGAGUGACAAUGUGGAAAGACUGAAGGAUGAGGUACGGCGGAUGGUCAUUUCCCAGCACCCUGGUGCACAGAUUAAAUCUGACCUCACCACUUUCCCCUCUCCAGCCUUCUCCAAGGCAAAUGCGGAGAUGCAGGGAGAUGCAGUAUACCUUGGCAAGGUGACCAUCCCAUGCCCUCCUGGUCAGGGCAGAAUUCACAAGCUUACUCUGCUUCCCAGCCAACUGCAACAGCUCCACACACGCCUCAUCUCCUAGAGCUUCCACAUGCCACAAGAUCGUUCUACACUCACAUUUCAAAUGUGUAACUGGUUAUUGUUGAUAAGUUACUAUAUAGCACUAAUGUUUUGCUCAAAAUGUGAGUAAUCUGAAAAAAAUGUUUUUGUCUGUCACCCUGUAUAAGAUUGACUUUUGCAACAGUGCACAAACUAUAUAGAGGGAAAUUAAAUAUGCAUAAAUGGUUUGUCAUGUGUAUUCUUGGCUUGCUGUUUGGUGGCUAAUGGUGGUCAUAUUGAUUUCAAUGCGAAGUAGAUAUGUUGGUUAUGUCUCCAUUAAAGUAAGCAAUACGCAUUUGGAGUGCAUCCGUUGCACUUGCAUGUAUUAUUAAACAUUGGUAAUGCGUGCGAAAAUGUUGCUUAUGAAAAUAUAAAGUUAUUAAUAUCAACAGAAACAAGAUUUUGUGGACAGAUUAGAAUGCAACUUGUGUGCAAGCCUUGGACAACUUUGCAGCAGGCAGUUUUUGUAAACAAUUUUGGGAGAAAAUCUGAAGCUUUACAUUGCCUUCAAACUGGUAGUUGUAAAGAGUAUAAAGCUGCAUAAAACAACACCAUGACUUAAUUUAAUAUCUUCAUUUGGCAGUGCCCAUUGUUUACAUGUUCCACAAAUUGGAGUUGCAUUAGUGGGCGUUUGAUUUGUAGAGAUUUAAUUUAAAACCUUGUGGAUUGUGUAAAUCGAUAAGCUAAAUAACAUUUUUAUGGAGACGUAGCCAUUGCCAAAUUAAUGCAUACAAUGAUGCAUAUCAUCACAUCUCACGUCAUUUGGAGUAGCCGUUUACAAUAUUAUUUUAAACGCGGACUUGAUAAAUGUCUCGCAAUACGUUUCACCGCUUUGUGUAAACGUGUAUUGACGCAUAAUCUUGCAAAUAAACGAACACGUAAUCGGA